AUGCCCCGGGUAUCCCGUCCUCGGAGGCCCCUAGGCUCUCACCUGUCGCCACCGGGCUCCCUCGGCUCCCUCCGAGGUCCCCCGAUCCCCGGUGCUCUCUUCCGGAGGCGGUGCCAGGUGCACGGCUUGUACAGCACCCCGAUCCCCACCUGGACCCUCGGCUGCUGCUGCUCUGGCCCUGCAGUGCCUCCCGGGAAUUUGGACCUCUCCUGCCCACCUCCACUACCCUGUGUUGGGUCCCUCGAUCCUCGCCGGGCCCCUGAUCUCCUCCCCAAGACCCCCAUUGUGACCCGAGUCUGGACCCUUCCAACUGUCCAGGCUGGGCGCGCCAUGCGGCCGGGGGCUCUUGGUCUCUGCCUGGCUCUCCAGCUUCAGGUGCUUAUGCUCGCUCUACUGGUGCCGCCGGUGUGCGCUCGGAAUCCCAGGGCGCAGGAUGUGAGCCUGGGCGUGGACUGGCUGACUCGCUAUGGCUACCUGCCGCCGCCGGAUCCUGCUCAGGCCCAGCUGCAGAGCGGUGAGAAGCUGCGGGAUGCCAUCAAAGUCAUGCAGAGAUUUGCUGGGCUGCCUGAGACAGGCCAAAUGGACCGGAUAACAAUAGCUACCAUGCACAAGCCCCGCUGCUCCUUGCCUGACGUGCUCGGGGCUGCAGGGCUGGUCAGGCGGCGACGGAGAUAUGCUCUAAGUGGCAGCAUGUGGAAGAAGCGUACGCUGACAUGGAGUGUCCAGUCCUUCUCCCAGAGUUCCCCGCUGAGCCAAGAGACUGUUCGGACCCUCAUGAGCUACGCCCUGGCUGUCUGGGGCAUUGAGUCAGGCCUCACCUUCCAGGAGGUGGAUUCUCAGCACCAGGAGCCUGACAUCCUCAUCAACUUUGCCAGGGCCUAUCACCAAGACAGUUACCCUUUCGAUGGACCUGGUGGUACCCUGGCUCAUGCCUUUUUCCCUGGGGAGCACCCCAUCUCCGGGGACACUCACUUCGAUGAUGAGGAGACCUGGACUUUUGGUUCAAAAGAUGGUGAAGGAAUUGACCUGUUUGCAGUAGCAGUUCAUGAGUUUGGCCAUGCCCUAGGCCUUGGCCACUCUUCUGCACCCGACUCCAUCAUGAGGCCCUUUUACCAGGGCCCUGUGGGCGAACCCAACAAAUACCGUCUGUCCCAGGAUGACCGUGAUGGCUUGCAGCAGCUCUAUGGGAAAGUACCCCAAACCCCAAAUGACAAACCCACAAGGAAACCCCUGGCUCCUCCUCCUCCCCAGCCUCCAGUCCUGCCCCCUGACAGCCCCUCCACACCUGUGCCUGAUCGAUGUGAGGGCAAUUUUGAUGCCAUUGCUAACAUCCGGGGGGAAACGUUCUUCUUCAAAGGCCCCUGGUUCUGGCGCCUCCAACCCUCAGGUCAGCUGGUGUCGCCCCGUCCCGCCCGGUUGCACCGCUUCUGGGAGGGGCUGCCCACUCACGUGCAGGUCAUCCAAGCUGCCUAUGCCAGACCCGGAGACGGCCGAAUAAUCCUCUUCAGUGGCCCCCAGUUUUGGGUGUUCCAGGACAGGCAGCUGGAGGGCUCCGCGCGGCCGCUGGCAGAGUUGGGGCUGCCCCCGGGAGAGGAGGUGGACGCCGUGUUCUCCUGGCCACUUAACGGGAAGACGUACUUGAUCCGAGGCCAGCAGUACUGGCGGUACGACGAGGUCGUCUCGCGCCCAGACCCUGGCUACCCGCGUGUCCUGAGUCUCUGGGAGGGGGCUCCCCCCGCUCCAGAUGAUGUCACCGUCAGCAACACAGGUGACACCUACUUUUUUAAGGGCAUCUAUUUCUGGCGCUUUGCGAAGGGCAGUGUCAAAUCUGAGCCGGAUUCCCCCCAGCCCAUGGGACCCAAGUGGCUGGACUGCCCUCCCCCAAAUUCUGACCCACAAGUCCCCAGGUUGCCGCCCAAAGAGACCCCUAAGCCCGGAACCUGCGAUUGUCGCUGCGAACUCAACCAGGCCACGGGCAGGACCCGCAGCACCGCGACCGUCCUGCUGCUCCUGCUGCCCCUCCUGGCUGGAGGUGUCUUCUGUUAA